AUGUCAGACUUCCUGGCGGACUAUUUGCUCAGGGAACAUCUUCCUUCGGACAAUUUCCUCUUUUACAAUGAUUGCUAUUACAAGGGUUCAAGGAAUGCCCCGUUUUUCGACUCUAAAAUUGUCCCUCUCUACGAAGGACUAGAUGUAAGCCAUGGAUUCAAGUUAGGAUACUAUAAAAGCGCCAGUGGUAGCCGUGCUUCUCUCUAUACUCGGUACAGCAUCCCAAAAGAGGAGUUUGCACACGAGCUUGACGUUGUAGCGCCCUUGGAACCAAAUUAUGACGUACAAUCUGACCAAAACCCUCAACAUCUUGUCAAAGAGGAGCCAAUGGACUCAGAUUCCGAUCAAAAUCUAGAGGAUAAAUAUGACACUGAAAAAAUUGCAGACAAAGAUGGCACCAGCAGCGUUUUCAAGCAACUUGAACACGGUUCUAACAAUUCCACAAGUUCAUGGUUUGAAAGAUCUGUCCUACAGCCUUAUGAACCUGCAAUGAGAAGGGUGGUAAGACGGGCAAAUUUUACUGAUUCCAGCCGUUUUGAAGGUUGCCAACCUUUGAUCAAACACCAAAACACUUCAGACACACAAAAAAUUGAUAUUUGUGGUAUGGAUAAUGGUAAAACAGGUGCAGAAAAGUUGAAUUCCAUGGCUGGACAGGAGAAUAUCCCAGCAGAACAUGACAAUUCAAGGGUUCUUGUGGAACACAGGUGGUCACAUUUGUUCAGGAAGGAGGUCAAGGAGUCCCGUACAAAUGAAAAGAGAGACUUGGAAUUAUUAUAUCCGGCAAAGGAAUUCCCAUUCACUAAUCUGUACACUUCAGAUAGUCCACAGGAAUUACAUGGACCUGCGAAACGUCAAAGUGUAACAAAAUACAUCGCAAACAUCCCUCGCUCUCAUAUUCCAUCCGUUGGAAUCGCUCCAAUAGACAUGAAAACCCUUGUUUUGAGCGCAAAGGUUCUAAGGAUUUUGCUAUUACAAUGUGAAAAGGGUGAAAUGGGAAAUAUUGGCGAGAUUGUAAAAUCGUGGCUAAACUAUGAAAUAGAAGGCAUAAAUCUGUUUGAACUGAAUAAAACUCUUACAGAGUAUAUACAAUGGUUCAAAUCUAGACACUCGGCUUGGGAACCAUUCUCUCACGAGUGCAUUGACUACUUGUUUGAAUUUUACAAGAUUGAUGAGCUAGUAGUGCAACUAAAGAGGGUAGUCCCUGGAACGUCUUCCAUGCUGCUUUACAAAGUUCUUCUAUCGGUAUCUUCUUCCCUUUUCAUGACAAAGCCAACUGAGUCGCUUUUUUCAAAAACUGCUCGCUUCAAUCGUAUCUUUGGUCGUGUACCCUCGAACAAUAAAAGAGAAGAUCAGAUUAUCAAGAGUGUUUCUUACUACUUUUCGCAGCGCGAUGAUCAUUGCAAUAUUUGUCAAACGAAUAACACUCAAUCUCCAACAAUAAUGCACGAAUACAUAAAUUUUGGAGGUUCCCCGGUUACUCAACUUGACAUGGAAUUAGGAACUUGGUCUCAUUCAACGUCAUUUGCAACAUGUUCCCUCUUGGAUAUUCCAACGUUGUAUUCUCAACAAGUGCAAUAUUCUACCAAAAAAUACUUGAGUCUAAUAGAGGAUAAGAACGUUAACAAGCAAGUGAGGAAUAACAAUUACAAACUUGAAAGGAUAUUUUCCUCCGAUACAUCUGUCUUGCAAGAUUGUGAUAACGAUCAAUGUGAUGAGCACCUUGAUUUGGUUUCAACAGAUUCAGACACUACUGUGGCAAAUAAACUUCCAAAUUACAAAGGAUUCACACAUUUAAAACUGGAGUUCUCUUGUCCAUAUGCUAACAUCGAGUCACACACAAACGAUGACAAGGACACUUUGGAUAAUAUAAGACCAAUCGUAAAUAUACUCUAUUCCAAAGAUGAAAAAUAUUAUCUCGCACCAACAAAUGGGUUCCACCUUUAUGAAGAUGGCUAUCCUGUGGAGAAUAUUUUGAUACAAUCCGCCAGAAAUAAUCUCUUUGGAUUUGAGUACACUAACAUCAGGAAUUCCAUCCUAAUGGAUAUUAUAGCUAGCAACAAACAACUCUCUGGGACAGUAAAGCCUUCUUUUCUUCUAAAGGCCAAACAUGUCACCAUUGGAAAGUCCAAGAUACACGGAUAUGGUCUGUUUGCCGUACAGCCGAUACCAAAGGGGGAGCUUAUUUUGGAAUAUGCAGGAGUUGUAAUUACCGAACACCUUGCAGACAUACUAGAACGAGAAUAUGACGCCACAAUUGGAGGAAGCACGUAUCUAUUCAGGUUGGAUCAAAAUUACAUUGUCGACUCUACUCUGUUUGGAAAUUCUGCGAGGUUUAUAAAUCAUUCCUGCAACCCAAACACAAUGACAACAAACUUUGCCUGUAUUGAAGAUGAUGGAUUCGGGACACAUGUAGGAGUUUAUGCUUCCAGAGAUAUCCUGGCAGGAGAAGAGUUAUAUUAUAACUAUCGCCUCUCAGAAGGAUCAAAUAAGAAGGAAGUAUGCUACUGUGGAGAUGAAAUGUGCCAAGGAUACAUGUCAAUCACAAAGUAA